CAAUUUUGUACCUCAGCCUAAGUGGACCCAAAUUUGUGUUGCUUUAAGUGGGAAAAUAUUUUCAGAGUAGUGUCCCCUGCGCAGCGUAUAUGGGUGUAACCUAGUAAACAAAGACUAGUGAUCUAGACCUAAAUCUAGAUUCUACAUUUAGAUAUCUUAGUCAUCCAGAGAAGGGCCCAGCUUGUUUUAAAAUGUUAUUGCAUCGUUCUUGCAAGUUGGAUACAUUGCAAAUAGAUCUCUACAUACAUUUUACUAUUUUAAACUAAAAAAUAAAAUCUAGACUAGAUCUAGAGACUAGACUAGACUGACUAGACAUUUGUUGUGUCAAUGACGAUGGCAUGUAAAAUGUGUAAUGUGUAUGAUGAACCACAAUAACAAAUAACAAUGAAUGAGUGGAUGGUCGGUGUUGAAUUGAUUCAUUGUGAUUGUUCAUUGUCAAAGAAAGAAAAUUAAAAUAAAGAUAAAGAAUGCCCUCAUCAGAGCUGUUAAGUCAAGCAACAGCUGCUCUUCAGGCUCAGGAAACUUUAAGCUGGAAGGUUGGACAAACUGAUGUGAAUAGCUGCACUUCGUUGAAAAAUAAAAUUCAUGAUUGUCUAAAUACUCUGAGGGAACAAAAAGCAACUCUAGAGGGCAGUGACCUAGAUUUUAAACUACCUAAGCUUAAUGAGCAUGGUUUGGUUGAGCUUAAGCAAUUAACCUUAAUGCACAUACCUUCAUCAUUAACUGAUGAUGUACGCGACAAAUUUAAAAUUCUAGUGGACCAAGCAUUAGACAAUGAGUGUAAGUCAUUAGUUUCCAUCACACUACUGACAUGCCCCUGGUAUGAGAUCUCACAGAGAGAAAGGGGAGAGCAGGCCAAACACAACAUUCUCCUGGUUGUCUUCUCUUCUCUGGAUGAGCAGUUUUUUUCUCCAGUCAAUCCCCAAAUAAGGGAGCAGGCUUGUAUCCUUGACCUUGGCUGGUUGUGUGCUGUAGAGUUGUCCCACUUUGGUCAUGCUCUAGCUAAAGGACGCACAAGAUAUUUAGAGACAGUACAUAGCCGAGAUGGAGCACUCAUCUGGGAAACAAGUUGUUGGAAGGAAUUACGUCAGAACUUGACCUAUAGAAAUUUUAUAAGCACUCACAGUUUUUUGAUGGCGUCAGUUGGUCAAGCUCUUGGAGGGGUGGGGAAGAAGAAAAAAAAUGGGGUGUUUAAACUGAGGGAAGGUGCUACACUAUUUGAGCUUUGUGAAUCAUUCAGGUUAUUAGAGCAUGCAGAAAAUGCCUUGAAUUUGGCCACUUCCACUGAAGAAAAAGAUGGCUUAUCUCACUUCUCUAGCCAAGCUAAGGAGAAAAUCAAGUUAUUCUAUGAACAUGAAGAACCUGUCAAAUUUAAAUAUGAACUUUUUGAUCUACUUAUGAAUUGGGCUGAUGAAAUUAAGAAGUCAAUAACUGUGAAGAAAAGUGUUGCAGAGAAAAACCAGGAGACAGAACUAGAAAAGGUCAUAGGUGAAUGGCUCAUGAGGACUAGAUUACAGGGGAGAAAACUUAUGCCAUUACCAGCAUUGAGUGACAGUCACAGCAGUCUUGUACAGCUAAUGAAGGAAGUGGGCGGACCUGUGGCCAGGAUGAGGCCGGAACAAAUCUUGUUGGUGGCUGUGGCUGGGAGCGCAAUGUACAACCUGAGUACGCCAACCUCUGAUGUGGAUUACUUGGUUGUGUACGCUCACCCAACUGAGCUGCUGUUGUCAGCCACCAAGAAAUUAGCUGAGACACAUGAAAGUCGUGGGGUCGACAAAACAAUAGAAUAUGGCGCUUAUGAAGUCAGGACGUUCUGCGAAAUGGUUUUAAAAUGCAGUGUGGUGAUAUUAGAGUUACUGUUUUCAACUGGACACAAAUACACAAGUCCAAUGUGGGAGGAACUAGCGCAGCACAAAUCCUGUUUUGUGACAGAGAAAGCCAUACUGCAGUAUUUGGGGCUGGUUAAAAACAACUUCAAGUUGAUAGAGAGAAGGAAACAUUCUGGGUCCCCUAGCCGGGACAGAAAACUCUUUUACCAGAUUUUUCACAAGUUACACAGUCUUCAGUACAUGAUGACUGGCCAGGUACCCCCUGUCAGGCUAGAAGGGGAUACCAGAGAAUUUAUUAUGAACGUCAGGACUCAAGAUGAAGGACAAUGGAGUAGAGAAAAUAUUUUGAUUGCAGCCAAAGAACAAUAUGUUGAGCUAAGAGAAAAACUUUGUGGUAGAACAGUUAGGCUCAGGGAGAAUCCUGACUAUGAGCUGUGCACAAACUGGCUUUUAAAAGUCAGGGGAAUUGAUAGGACUGAAAGAGAAUGCUGACUAUGAGCUGUGCACAAACUGGCUUUUAAAAGUCAGGGGAAUUGAUAGGACUGAAAGAGAAUGCUGACUAUGAGCUGUGCACAAACUGGCUUUUAAAAGUCAGGGGAACUGAUAGGACUGAAAGAGAAUGCUGACUAUGAGAUGUGCAUAAAAAUAUUAAUCCAUUGGAGUUAGUGGAGCUUAAUAGUAAAUACUGACUGACAUUGAAGUGCGAAGAAUUGACUAUGAAUUAUCAAGCCAAGAAAAUUGACAACACUGAAAGAGAAUCUGGAUUUUGAAAGUCAAGAAAAUACAAGUCAUUAACUGAUUUUUAUUAACUGUGCUUUCAUAAUUUGUACACAUUUAUAUUAUUUAUGGCAGGCCUACUUAAAUAUUACAUAUCAUAUUCAUCAAAACUAACUU